GCAGCGCGGCACGGCGCUCCAUUCCGACAAUGCCCCUCAACACGCCCUUUAAACCCCCCACACUCCCCCUCCAUUCACUUGCACCUGCAGCCCCAAACACCCACGCGUGCAGACACGCACAGAGCCCAUACAGGCAGGCAGGCACACGCGCAUCAGGCCUGCCACGAUGAACACGCCGCUCCAUGUCAGGUUCCUCCGGACCAUGUACCGGCUCGUCGUCGACAACUUCCUCGCCAUCGCCGCCGUGGCCACCGCCGCCGGCGCGCUGCAGAGAACGAGCCCCGAGGCGGCGCUCGCGCUGGCGCGGGCGAUCCGGCCGGUCCACUGGCUGCUGGCUCUGCUCCUGGCCGCCGCCGCCGCCAAGCUGAGGCGACUGGGCCGACCCAAGGACGUGUACCUCGUCGAGUACGGCUGCUUCCGGCCCAAGGCUUGGUUCCGGGCGCCGUUCGCCACGUGCCUGGAGCACGCGCACCUGAUGCCGUACCUGGUCGACGAGGAGAGCGUCAGCUUCGCCAUCCGCCUGCUCGAGCGCUCCGGCCUCGGCGAGGAGACCUGCGUGCCGGAGGCCUACCACUACAUGCCGCCCGACCGCAGCCUCAAGGCCUCCCGCGACGAGACCGAGCUGGUCAUCUUCUCCGCCGUCGACGACGUCUUCGCCAGGACCACCGUCAAGCCCGAGGAGAUCGACGUGCUCAUCGUCAACUGCAGCAUCUUCACGCCCACGCCGGUCUUCGCCGACAUGGUCGUCAACAGGUACAACCUCCGCGCCGACGUGCAGAACGUCAACCUGUCCGGGAUGGGGUGCAGCGCGGGGCUCGUCUCCGUCGGCCUGGCCAAGAACCUCCUGCACGUGGCGCCGCCGGGCACGAACGUCCUCAUCGUGUCGACGGAGAUCCUCUCGUCGCAGUACUACGUCGGCACCGAGCGCGCCAUGCUGCUUCCCAACUGCCUCUUCCGCAUGGGCGCCGCCGCCAUGAUCCUCUCCAACUCCUCGGAACGGGCGCGGUUCAAGCUCACCCGCGCUGUGCGCACCGUGACGGCCGCGCGGGACGCCGACUACCGGUGCGUGUUCCAGGAGGAGGACGACAAGGGCAACACGGGGAUCCGUCUCUCCAAGGACCUCGCCACCACCGCCGGCCACGCGCUCAAGAGCAACAUCGCCGCCUUCGGCCCCCUCGUCCUGCCGGCCUCGGAGCAGCUCCUCGUGGCGCUCUCCUUCCUCAAGCGGAAGCUCCUCAGCGGGCGCGCCAAGGUGAGGCUCUACCGUCCCGACUUCCGGACGGCGUUCGAGCACAUCUGCAUCCAUGCAGGCGGCCGCGGGGUGAUCGACGAGGUGCAGGCCGGGCUCGGCCUCUCUGACGAGGACGUGGAGGCGUCGCGGAUGACGCUGCACCGGUUCGGGAACACGUCGAGCAGCUCAGUGCUGUACGAGCUGGCGUACAUCGAGGCCAAGGGAAUGAUGAAGAAAGGGGACCGCGUGUGGAUGAUCUCUUUCGGCGCCGGCUUCGACUGCAACAGCGUGGCGUGGGAGUGCGUGAAGCCGGCGGCCAACGCCGACGGGCCGUGGGUCGACUGCAUCCACCGCUACCCGGUGCAGCUCCCAGAAAUCGCCAAGGAUAUAUCUAACUCCUAAAUCACAAAAGCAGAUCGAGCAUGCAGCUAGCGUUCUCAGACGUAUAUUUGUACGUACCUGGUAUACGUAUACAUAUCAAGUGAACAAUUGAAAGUAUUCGUAUACGGUAUACGUAUGGGAUAGAUAUGGUUUGUCCCGGAUAGGAAUCCUUCAAAAAGUAGCUGGAUCGAUGUCAUUAAUAUGAUCUAGCCUGAAGUUCGGGAUC